AUGGCGUACUUUGGGAUGGUGCCUUUCUCACACAAUGCAUUUCAUGAAGGACAGGCUGGGGACCAAGCAUCUUACCCAGUGUACCAUUCUGGUUCUGCUGGAGAGGUUCGUCUAGGAUUCGAUCGAAUAGCUGAUGAAGUCAGCAAUGAAUUUUUUUUUUAUGGUUCAUCACAUUCACAUCAUCACGAAGAAAUUUUUUUCCCAUCAGAUGUCUUUGGUCUAAAUGUGCCUGACCAGCAGUUUUGUGGUCAGCCUUUAGUUGCUUAUGGUGAACUUUACUCUGGAAAUCCUAUCUCUCAAUGGCAACAAGGCACAGUGUCACCAACGGUUGGCUUUAGAUCUUCUUUACUACCCGGUUACAGAAACUUCUCUCUGGUGGAUCCCUACCCCUACAGUCAAGAGAGAGAAAUCCAUGGAGGGAAUAGUAUAACUCCAGUCACAAAUGUGUUUGAUUCAAAUGUGGAAAGAGGCAAUACUAAUCUGAGUUUUCAGAUAGGCUUUGACAAUGUAGGUGCUCAUUGUCCUGUUUUCUUAGACAACUAUGCAUUUGGGCAAGAAGUGAGAGGUGAAAGUGGAAAUGGAGAAGCUUGUUUAACCAACACUUCCAGAAGUUUCGGCAUAGGACCUACCUGGCCCAGCAGCUCUGGGCAUGACAGAGAGGCUACAGGUUGGUCUAUCCAGCUGGUUGAAGCAAAUCAAGGAAGUAAUGAAAACACAGUUGCUUUUUGCAAUGCAGUGGAGGAAUUAAGAAAUGCCUAUCCUGCUUUUGACUUGAAGACAAACACUGGGAAAAUCUGGAGUGUCGCAACAAGGUUCCCAGAUCAUAUCCUUGGUGAAUCAAAGCUCAGAAUCAGUGUUUGGACAGACUCUUCACCACAUCCUCUGCUUCUUACACAACAUGCUGGCUGUAUUACUCAUGACUUAGUUGCAGAGAUCCUCCAUUGCACAAAUCGAUGCCCAGUCCAGGAGGAAUGCUUUCUAAGUGUUUGCGGGUCUGAUGAAUUCUUACAAAAUAAUCAUACUUUGGGCAGCCAUGAAAGUCUUCGCAAGGCAACCACCUGCAUUCAGCUUCGACUACACAACGCUAGUAAUUUGAAGCAAAAUUUGGCUCGAACGCAUGAGGAUGACCAAAGACGGUUCGGUGUGGAUCAGCUGUUAGAAGACACUUGUGCCUGGAGACUGACUCUACGAAACCUCGUUUCAGUUAUUAUGAAAUAUAGAGGUCAAGUGGAAUGUCUAUUGCAAAAUGAGCCACAUAAUGUUGAUAAUGUGAUUGAAGCAGCUAAAGCAAUCUGCAGUGUCCUCUGUCUUGUGGAAACGAGAGACAUUACUGAUGCAGUCAGGAAACUCCGUGCAGUGCCAUUGGUGAAAGCACAGAAUUCACUUCAAAAUGUGGAAACCCCAGACAAAGUGUUAAUGGAGGCUGCUGUGACUGAGCUCUCCAUGGCCAUCUCUUGUCUCAUCCAUGUUUACAGCAGCAGCUUUGAUGCAAAUUUCCGGCUUGCCAGCAUACCUAAAAGCCCUUCAUGUGCAGACGUCAGCCUAGAUUCCCAGCUCAGCUUCACUGUUUAUGCUGCCCAUAACAUCCCAGAAGCCUGGGUGAACAGCUACAACGUUUUUUCUUUUUCCUGUUCACUUACUUACGCUGGGAAGACAAUAUGUCAAGUCAAGAUUUGCAAAAAUAUACCGGUUAAAAGAUCCUUCUUUUUCCUGGCUGACUGGAACGAGAACAUUAGCGACGCUUUAAAGUUAAAUGUAACUCUUCUUCGAACAGUUUUAUGUAACGUGGGCAGAGUUGUUGGCCUAAUGGGAGUAAACAGUGCCUCUAAAAAUACAGAAGUGCUUGCUUGGACAUGCUCCCCAUUGUAUCCAAAAGAGAGGCUCGUUCACGGAACUGUGCUGCUUAGCAUGACGUUGCACAGCACGCUUACAACAACAAUGAUUACCCCAGGCAUCUGCAGUACUGAUACACCAACCUCAGUAACAUUGCAGAUUGACUUUCCAGAAACUAAUUUGGAGUUCAUUAAACCUGAACCUGAAGAAAGAAAAGGUGACCUUGAAGAGCCAACCAAAGACUGCCUGAAGCAUAUUACAAGACUUUCACAGACACAUUCUCUCUUGCUACUCUCAGAGCAACAGAGAAGGAUCUUAUGGUUUUAUCGUUACUUCUGCAAUAAUCAAAAUUGUUCCCUUCCUCUGGUACUGGGCAGUGCACCCGGUUGGGAUCGGAUGACUAUAUCAGAAAUGUAUGCCGUGUUGAGGAGAUGGAGAUUUUCUAACCCUCUGGAGGCACUUGGGCUUCUGACUUUCAGUUUUCCAGAUCAAGAUAUUCGCAGAACAGCAGUCCAGCAAAUAGAAAAUCUGUCAAAUGAUGAAUUGUUAGAAUACCUCCCACAGCUGGUUCAGGUGCUCAAGUUUGAGUGGAGCCUUGAAAGCCCUCUAGUGAAACUCCUGCUGAAUCGUUCUCUUCAGAGCAUCCAAGUGGCCCAUCAGCUUUACUGGCUGUUGAAGAAUGCACAGAAUGAAGUUCAUUUCAAAAUCUGGUAUCGGAAACUGCUGGCCGCUCUCCAAUUCUGUACUGGAAAAACCCUGAACAAUGAGUUUUUUAAGGAGGGGAAACUUAUCAGAAUUCUGGAAGACAUUGCCAAAAAAGUAAAAGCUGCCAGCGACCCAGAAAAAAAGGAGGUGUUAAAGGUGGAACUCAACAGGCUUCAGCAGUUCUUCCAGGAGGUAAAGGUUUGUCGGCUUCCCCUGAAUCCUGCGCUGGUUGUCCAAGGCAUAGAGGCAGAUUCAUGUUCGUAUUUUACGUCCAAUGCUUUUCCAUUAAAAAUCUCCUUCAUCAAUGCAAAUGCUCUGAGUGGAAACAUCAAUGUUAUUUUUAAGAUAGGUGAUGAUCUACGUCAAGAUAUGCUGGUUCUGCAAAUUAUUCGAGUGAUGGACAGCAUUUGGCUCCAAGAGGGACUGGAUAUGCAAAUGAUUAUUUAUAGGUGUUUAUCUACAGGAAAAGGCCAAGGAUUGGUACAGAUGGUGCCAGAUGCUACCACACUAGCGAAGAUCCACAGGGAGUCUGGUCUGAUAGGACCAUUGAAAGAAAACACAAUUAAAAAAUGGUUCCGUCAUCACCAUCCUCUGGAAUCAAGUUACCAAGAGGCAAUAAGGAAUUUCUUUUAUUCCUGUGCUGGCUGGUGUGUUGUUACCUUCAUUCUGGGAGUCUGUGAUCGACACAGUGACAACAUAAUGCUGACAAAUGCUGGACACAUGUUCCACAUAGAUUUUGGAAGAUUUUUAGGUCACGCGCAGACAUUUGGAAGCAUAAGAAGGGACCGAGCUCCCUUCAUCUUCACAUCAGAGAUGGAGUAUUUCAUCACAGAAGGUGGAAAAAACCCGCAGCGUUUUCAAGAGUUUGUGGAGCUUUGCUGUCGAGCUUAUAAUAUAGUCAGGAAGCACAGCCAGUUACUCUUGAAACUGCUGGAGAUGAUGCUGCAUGCGGGAUUGCCUGAGCUAAACAGCAUUCAGGAUCUGAAGUAUGUGUAUGAUAACCUCCGUCCUCAGGACUCAGACCUCCAGGCUACAAGCUACUUCACAAGGAAAAUAAAGGAAAGUUUGGAGUGCUUUCCUGUUAAACUCAAUAACUUGAUCCACACCCUGGUACAGAUGUCAGUGGCAGGCUCUGCAAAGCCUCCAGCUCCAGAGACUGUCCCCCAAGAAUGGAUGAUGCUGGACACCGAGAAGUCAAUCGCAAGAGCCACCAUUUUGGGAUUCAGCAAAAAGUCUGACUGCCUAUAUCUAGUCCAGGUGGUACAAACCUGCAAUGUGGUCACUUUUGUGGAAAAAUCAUUCGUCCAGUUCUCAAAACUUCACAGCCAUCUCCAGAAGCAAUUUCCAUCACAUGUCCUCCCAGAGUUUCCCCACUCAUGGCAUUUACCUUUUACAGACCUUGAACAUAAAAGAGUGAAGGAUUUGAAUCUCUAUCUGAAGCAGCUCUUAAGUGGAUCCAGGAAACUGGCUAACAAUGAGGUUGUACUCAGCUUCUUCCUGAAUUGGUCCAAAAAUACCUUGGCAGAAGAUUCAUCAUCUGUGACCUUAGGUCCUCAGUCAACUGAUCAUAAGCCUGGAGUACAAUUAGUCAUAUCCUACGAGAGUACCCGUCUGACAAUAAUGUUGAAAUACAUGAGGAACAUCCGCCUCCCAGAUGGCUCUGCCCCAAGUGCACACGCUGAAUUUUAUCUUCUGCCGGAUCCUUGUGAGGUCAGUCGAAGGAAAACAAGAACAGCUCCAAAAAGCUCUGACCCUACUUACAAUGAAAUUGUUGUGUACGACAACGUCACGGAGCUCAAAGGCCGUAUACUGAAGCUUGUUGUGAAAAGCAAAGCAACGUUUGUGGGAGCUGUUAACAUUCAACUGAGCAGUGUCCACUUGAAUGAAGAAAAGUGGUAUCCACUGGGAAACAGCAUAAUUUAA